UCCGCGGUCACACUGAGUCAGAACUACUUUGAAAUGCGAAGUUUUUUCGAUCGGAUAAAAUUGAAGUAGAAAAGCAUCUGGGGCCUCUGGAUCUGAAACUGAGAGGGAUCGCUGGAUCCUACGGCUAAUUGGAUUUGGACAAGGCAUAUUUGGACAUCAUCUUCCACCCGAACCCGAGUCCAAAGGCCAGCUUAAUUGGCUUAGGCGGCGGUUGUCGAUGUUGGCCACUGACGUGUGAAAUGGGUGUGGGCUACUACACCGAAGGGAACACGAUCAAGAGCAGCAGCUCAGCACGUUAGUCAGUUUGAAGAAGCUUCGCCCAGACCCGAGGUCCUUCGAAAAGCAGCCGGCAAUGAGUCAAGUGGCGGCCACAGUGGAGCCCCUGGCCGCUGUCAAGUCGAAAUCGAUGCGUUCCAGGAAGCGACGACAGCGGAGGAGACGACAGAUAGCCUACCUGGCCAUAUGCGGACUGAGUGUGGCCAUCUUUGGAUUCGCCCUGGCCACGCUAAUCAGGCCAGCAACCGCCCAGGAAGUGGUUGAUGAUGUGCCCGGCAAUUGGCGCAAGGGAUAUGUGGGCCAUGGCACCACGCACGAACAACUCGGCCAGCCCCAUUGGCCACCCGUGGAGUACACCAUGUACAGGCCGACGACCAACUACACAAAGGAACCACCACCACCCACGUCGGCCAUGAACUCCAUUUUCAAUUUUACACACUUUCUGUAUGACAAGGUCCUGGACAGGGAUGAGCCCAUUCCAGAAGGCUACAUUGUGGUUAGAAACGCGGACACGUUGACCCUGGGCCCAAAGGUGGAGGAGAACGACUGGCGGGAUCUGUUGGCUCAUUAUUGGAUGGUUCUCGUCUGGGUUUUUAUUCUCGUGGUGCUCAUUAUUAUCAUACCGUUUAUUGCCGUUUGCUAUUGUUGCUUCUGUUGCUGCCGAAGAUGUCGACAGGGAUGUCCUCCAUGUACCAGUAAACAGGAUGCCCAGCGGCGCUUCUGUUGCGGCAUCUGUUUGCUGAUCCUCAUCAUUGGACUGAUCUUUGGCAUCAUUAUCGCCUUUGUGACCAACAAAAUGAUUGACAGCGGAUUUUCCGAGACCUCCGAAACAAUGAAGCGCGGCAGCGAGGACACUUGCACCUAUCUGAAGGAUGUGGCCGAUCACGUUUACCAUCUGAUGAUGUACAACUACGAGGAGAUGGAGACCCAUGUGCUAGAUCAACUAACACAUGCCCAUAGGCACAUAUUUUUGGAUCUCUCCGACACAUCGGAGAGUAAUUCACUGGCCGAGAUGGAGAGGGUGUUGGAGAAUAUGCCCGAGGCUCUGGAUCUGAUGAGACAAGUGGACAAGAUGGAGAAGGACCUGCGGUUCUAUGGCUCACAGCUAAGAGAUGGUGUCCGAGGCAUCAAACGAGAUAUUAACUUUGCGGUGGCCAAUCUCUGUCAGCUCCAGAUGUGUCAGAAGUUCCUGAUCAACAGCAAUAUCGAGCACAUUGAUACCUCACAGUGUCUGCACUUCGACGGCCUGCCAAACACUACGGCCUUCAUUGCUGGAAUGGAGGAUUUAAUUGAAAGGAAGACCUUUGUUAUACCCCAAAGGGGACUUGCACGACUGAAGAAAGUUAGCGACAAGGUGAAGACGCAGAUGUCCUUCGUGGUGCCGCCCAUGAUGCGGGACUUAACCAAGGGCAGGACCAUCUUCCGCGAACAUGCUACUAGUGUGCGCAACAUUGUGGAGGGCGUCCUAAGUGAUAUUCACAUAAAGACGCUGCACUCGACCAAGUCAUUUGAGGAUGUUUACGAGCGCUUUGGUCACGAUAGGAAUGUUGUCAGUUUGAUUGUGUGCUUGCUCAUUCUAUUGGUACUUUUUAUACUGAUCUUUGCUUUAUUGUGCGGCUGCUUUGGGCGACGACGAACUGGAUACGGCGAUGAGUGCUGCAGCAAGUCCACUGGCGCCACUUGUCUUCUUCUAGCCAUCUUGUUGAUAUUCUGUGUUUUCUCCUUUAUUGCUCUGGUUGGACUGUUCUAUUUUGUGCUGGGCAUGGUGACAUACCAGGGUGCCUGUGCUCCGCUGAGGGAUCAGGAGAACAAUACCCUGUUCCGACAACUGGACGCGAAGAUUGAUCUACAUCAUUUCUUGCCCGCGGGAGAGGGUUCCAAGGACGUGUCGGAGCCGCUGAAAAUGUCGAGCGCCAUCAAAGCCUGCCAUGCCAACCAGACCAUAUUUGAGAUGAUGCGCCAGAACAACAUAUACGACAUCAACGACCUGGCGCGCAUCAAGGUUAUGACCCAUGCAGCCGACGAUCCGGAUUCGGUCAAGGUAUUCGAUGAGGAUCUGUCCAAUGUGAUACUGUUGACAAACGAAGAGCGUGAGGACUUGAACGAAGCGCGGGAAAAUAGUCUUUCCAAGUACCAUAGCUCCUUGUACAUGCCCAGUCUGUGCACCCAGUUCACGCCCAUGAACCUGAACGCCCUGUCCGAGCAGCUGUACAAGCUGUCCAACGAUCUUGAGUACCCGGCCUACGGCUGGGCCAAGGUAUCCUUCUGGAACGAGGGCCUCAACACCAAGGCCUUCUAUCGCAACUUUGUGCCGAAGCUCACCAGUCUGGUGGAGAGGAUGAGGGCCAAUCUGAAGAAGAUCGACGAGCUGAUUUCGUACGAGAACCACGACUUUACCAACACCAUCAAAAUAUUGACCGCCACGGCAAUCAGCUCCGAGGAGUUCAUCCAGAAGCGCGGCAAGGAGUAUAUUAAUAGCCUUGGUGCGAAUUUGACGAAGACCAUUGACCAAAUAAUAGAGGAGUACAUCGAUAUGAUUAUAAAGGAGGCCAACGAAAGUGUGGGACACUGUGCACCCCUAUCGUAUAUAUAUUAUCGUGGAGUCGACUUGAUCUGUCACCGCAUCGUGGAUCCCAUUAAUGGAUUCUGGGUGGGUAUAUUGCUGUGCGCCCUGCUCUUCCUGCCCAUCCUGUUUGUGGCCCACCGCCUGAUGUGCCUGUACAAGAAGAUCUAUCCCUAUCUGGCUACCGUUGGAGCUGCUGGCGUUGUCGAGGGCGGCAGCGACUAUCUGUACGACGCUUAUAGUGAGCGCGAGCGAGAACAUGUACCAUUGGCUAAUGUGCCCAAAAAGCGGCGCAAGGCCUACGAGCGGCGACGGGAACAGCAGGACUACUAUGAGGACGCCUCGCCCAGCGUUUCGCGGGGCAAUCGAUCUGGUGCAGAUCGCGGAGGCGGCGGAGGGGACGGAGCCCCGGGCAGCAGCAGCAUGCGUUACAACGAUAUGGCGCCCACGCACUGGGACCACGAGCCACCACGAUACCACAAUCCUCCAGCUGCGCCGCCAUCCUCGGAGUACGAACGUCCGCCGCCCUACUACUAUCCAGGUGCCUCCGAGCAGGAUUAGACGGACGGACUGGCUCGGGACGGUUCGUUCGGGAGGUGGCAACAUGGAUGAUUUUAUUUUGAACCCUCACGCCCACUGCCCCCGUUUCCCCCAUAUAUACCCCCUACUGAGACUGUACUUUUAGUUAAAAGCGUAAACAAGAAGAUAACUGAAAUUAUAUAAUUUAAUUAAGUAGUAUUGUA